AUGCUUACAACCAGUCGUCUCAAUCAAUUGGUGUACAUACAAUUCAACUCGUGGUUGAUGUCCAAGAAGAAGAAGAUAAAGGAAAAGAAGAACAUUGAUAUUCUCUUAAGUACUAAUAUAAUUGAAGCACAAGGCUUCCUAUUUGAGUUAGUGGAUGACCAUGCUAUGUAUGUGUACGUGGAUGAUAAUAAGGAAGAACAUUGUGCACCCUCGAGUACUAUUACAGAUGCAAUGGCAGGUGAACACAGUGAGCUUCGCAGGAGUAUAGGAGUGAGAGAGCUCCAUGAUGAAGAACUCGAGUCUGCAGAGGAGGAGGAGCAGGAUGGUAAGGGAAUUGCUUUUGAGGAUGAUGAAGAUGAAGUGGUGGCUGGACGGACCUACUUGGAUGAUGAAGAAUGA